UACUCACCAUGACUUUUCCGAGCGAAACGGGUCAAUGUCAAAAAUGACUGGCACAUUUUUGUUUUGAAAUAUUCGAUUUUAUGUGGUGACAAUAAACUUUUCUAAAUUUAUAGUUCUAAAUUAGCGAGAAUGUCCGACCCUUACGUUAAUAGAACGAAAGAAAUACCAAAUUCGGGUUAUACCGCAUCUGGGAGGUCGAAUAUGUCAGUUUUCGGAUCUCAAGACAAUGACUUGGACGAGGAAGAUGUGCUGUUUAAUCUAAUUGAAAGAGAAAGAAGGCUUUAUGGAAGACCGUACUCUCCGUUAAUUAGAAAUGAACAGGAUUUCUUGGGACAUUUUGAUGAUGGUGGUGGUUAUUUUCAAAGGCAGAUUGGGGAUUAUUUUACCUCGCCUUAUUAUGGACGUGUUAAACCUGGGAUGGCGUGGAAUUGUGAUUUUAAUUCAGUUAAGAACGUUCGUUUUCAAGAUAAACAAACUCAAACUUAUUUUGAUCCCGAUAAUAAUUUUUUCGCGUUUCAACCAAGAAUGGAGAGAUCCGGGAGUGCUUAUCCAGAAUAUAGCAAUUAUGAUAGGAAUUUGCAUUACGCCGAUGUUCUUAGACGAUAUCCACAUCUAGCACCAUCUAAUUAUAGAGAUAAUACAGAUCUUAGAUGUCAGUAUCUUAACCCAUAUUUAAAUUUUCCCUCGCCGGUGUAUGGGAAAAGAAUUGAGAGAUCUAAUUUUGUGCCGAUUACUUCUCAAUUAUACGAUAUGCACGAUUACAGUAACAUAAGAAGUUUUGUGAAUCAUGGAUUAAGCGAUUAUUACCAACCUUAUCUUCCGUUUCCUUUAUCGUAUAACGAGAGAAGGGGAAACGGAAAUAAUGUUGAUUUUAGGUUACCUCCUCCUCCUGAAUAUGCAACGCAACCAACCAGAUUGAGGAGAAGUUAUCCAUUCGCUGGUACUAUGGAUAAAAGUGGGAAUAUCGAUCAAAUACCAUUCGAUGGGGAUACUGAGACGAGUGCUAGAUCACCAAGGAUGCAAAAAUUUCAUCAAGAUUUAGAUAAUUUUGACGAAAUGUCCGCACAAUGUUCGUGGAAGCCGUUAUCAAGAUAUAGUUCUCGUGAUACUAACGUGGAUCAAUUCCCAAGAAGUUAUGGUUUGAAAAAAAAUUUAUCUCCAACUCAAUUAGAGCUGAAUUAUGUUACAAGACAGAAGAAAACGCAUAAAACUUCCCCCGUAACAUCACAACCAAUUAGGAAUAUAACAAAAUCUCCUUCCCCCCAUUUAAAUAAACCACGAACAUAUUCAAGUAUAAAUAAAAAACCUCGAUCUCGCGCAACCUUAGAGAAAAAUGAAGAAGAAGAAAACCUCGAUAUUUCUCUCCAACAUCGUCGUGCCUCUAAUGUAGACAUUUCAAGCUUUGCGGAAAAUCAAACUCCGGAUGUCCCAGUUUGUAAAUCACUUUCAGAUUCAAGUAUCGAUAUGACCGAUGAUACUUCUUAUUUGCCACCCCCAACAAAAAAAACCCAAGGAGCGAAUUCAAAACAUUUCAGUCCAUUGCCAAAACUUCACGAAGAACCAACAGCAGAUCCAAGUUAUGGCCCAGAAAAAGAAUGUAAUUAUUACGAGGAAAAUACCCAAAUUUUAGAUCAACCAGAAAAUUCUUCAGAAGGAAUUGUACCUUUAAAUAGUCCAAAAAUAUCAUCCCACCAGAAAUUGAUUAAUCAAAGAGAUUCAACGGAAUGGGAUGACGUUUGGGAUCCUAAUUCGGCGUUUGCACCAACUGAAAUGGAAACAAAUCCUGGUGAGCUACAACAAUGGCAAGUUAAUGAAUUUGUUAAGGAAGAAGAGGAAUUUGGGGAUUUAGCCGAUAAUAUAAUUGAAUGUAUUACUAAAAAUAAUGAAGUGGCAUCAAACGGUAAAAAUGAUCAAAAACAUAUCGAAAAUGAAUCUCGAAAAGAAUCACUUACAAUUGAUUCUUCUGCUAAAAUUGGGACGAAUUUAAAAACGAAAAUGAAAUUUCUUCGUCGUAGUAAAAGUAGUAGACGAAGAGCUUUGGAUUUAGAAACAAUGUAUAAUUCUAUUACUGAAGAUAAUAUGUAUUAAAAGUUAUUUCGAUAUAAAACCGUUAGAAAAUAAUUACUAAA